AAAUAAUUUGAUUAAAAUAACUAAUGGCUAGAUCAUUAAUCUUGUUCACUUUGUUAGUAAUGGCUUAUUCAAUAUAAGUAAAAAUAAAUGAAUGUACUUGUGAGUAAGUUCUAAAAUAAGACGAAUGUGAUGAAUACCCCAUAGGAGGAGGAAUAGAAUGUGAUUGGAAUGAAGAAAAAAAAGUUUGUGAAUCUUAUCGUAGUGUAGAAUGCUCAAUAUUAAAAGGUAGUGAAAUAUGCAGAGGGUUAACUUCUUGUGGAUGGGUGAAUGGUAAAUGUGUAAAUUUUAAAUAAUGUUCUGAUUACUAAGAAACUGUGGACUAGAAAUGUAAUGAUAUAAACUAUACUUGUAUUUUAAUUAAAGAUGAUUAAUGUGGAAAAGUAUCAAUCCCAGAAUGUGAAUCAUUUACACCAGAAUUAUGUAAAAAUACUUCAGAAUAAAUAUGUGUUUUAUCUGGUAGUCCUGCAAAAUGUGUGACAAUGAAGAAAUGUGAAUAAGGUAGUUAUAAUUAAAGUCAAUGUAAGAAGAACUUAAUAUCAUGUAUUUGGGAAAAUGAUAAAUGCAGAGAUAAAAAAUGCACAGAUAUUUAAACAAAGGAUGCUUGUAGAUUCAUUUCCUCAUUUGAUUAGUACACGGCAACAUUAUGUCAAUGGACAGCUUAAGGCGAUUGUAUUGAAAGAAAUGAAGAUGAUUUCACAGAAAAUAAUUGUUUUUAUGAUAGUGCAUGUGGAAGAGUAUGGAAAGAUGGUAAAUGUCAAUCUUGUUCAGCCUCACCUGAUCCUGAUCCUGAUCCCCCAGCUCCCAUUCCUUCAUAUCAUUAAAUAUUAUCUAUUAUCAUGCUUUUAUUAGCAAUAAUAAUAUGAUAUUAUUCAUUAGAC